AUGGGCGCUGCGGUGACGAAAUCUGAUGGUCAAGAGACAAAGCUAGAGGCAAAGAUCAUAGAAGCCGUGCAACGCAGGGCAUCGAGAGGAACCACAAUGAAAUCAUUCAACAGCAUUGUUCUCAAGUUCCCAAAGAUCGACGAGGGUCUUCGAAACUGCAAAGCUAUCUUCCAAGAGUUUGGUGAGUGCAUGCCACAGAUUUUAAAACAUUGGUUUCCUCAUUGUUUUGAUGGUUGUUUUACGUUCUUGGACACAGAUGAAGAUUCGAAUGGGUCUAUUGAUCACACGGAGCUAAAGAACUGUAUCAGGAAGCUAGAGAUCUCGUUCGAGGAAGACGAGAUCAAUGACUUGUUCGAGGCUUGUGAUAUCAACGAGGACAUGGGGAUUACAUUUACUGAAUUCAUUGUUCUUCUCUGUCUCGUCUAUCUUCUUAAGGAUGACUCAUCCACUCUUCAAAAGAAAUGGAGACUGGGAAUGCCGAAGCUGGAACCAACGUUUGAGACGCUAGUGGACACGUUCGUGUUCCUGGAUGAGAACAAGGAUGGACUCGUUAGCCGUGAGGAGAUGGUCAGAGCCAUUGAUGAAUCUGGAGAACGUUCCUCCGGGAGGAUUGCAAUGAAGAGAUUUGAGGAGAUGGACUGGGACAGGAAUGGAAUGGUGAACUUUAAAGAGUUCUUGUUCGCAUUUACGCAGUGGGUUGGAAUAGAUGAGAGCGAAGAAGAAGAUGAUGAUGAUAACAAUGACAAGGCUUGAUGUUUGUGAAUUGCAAGAAUAUGUAAUAGUGACAAACUAUGUUUUAUGUUAUAAUGCAAACAGAAUAAUUCAUUACCAACACACACAAACCAUUAUGUUUUACCUCCCCAAAAAACUUGCUUUUGAACAACAUAAGCUUAUUAGUAGUCUACACUAAACCAAAUAAAAGAAAACAGCAAAAGCAAGCCAACAUUAACAUACAAAGACAGAUAAACAAACAGAGACUGAUCUCUUCUGUCCUCUAAACUCUCACCGAGACACGAUAAAUAAGUAGAGACACAGACUCAUACACGACGGGAGUUUUUUUAUUUUAUUCCAGGGAUAAGAGACAGUACCAGUAGCCAGAGGAGAGUGGAGUAUCGGAUGGGAUGGAGACAGAACCUUCAAAAGCCUUCUUCUUCAAAGAAGAAAAGCUGUUACAGGUGCAUAUAUACCUUCUUGAAAAGGUGUGAUAGAGGCAAAGCUUUGAAAAGAUGAAAUGACUUAAAGUUCAUUAGUCCCUUGUCUUGGCUCUCUUCAUGCCGAGGCUAUUGUAAGGAGAGACAGAACCAGACAUUGGAGAUCCUUCUUCUCUAAGACUACCGUUGAGAAGGGCCAGUUCCCUGAGCU